AUGCUCAUAUCAGCAGCGGCGGCAGCUAUGACAAUGCCUCAACUGGAGACUAUGGAAUUAUGGAACGGACGAGCAGGUUUAGCAGCUCUCUUCAAGUACCAGUCAAGGUACGCUGCUUUAACCUGGAGAGGCACAUGGGAUUUCACUCUGCGACCUCGCAUUAUCCAGGCCUGGGAAGGCGUUGCACAAAAACAUGGCUCCAAAGGCCUUGUUGUACACAAGGAACUGCUCGACUGUCGCUUUGAUAUCAAAUCUCAUGGUGAUGCAAUCCACUAUUUGAGGCUUUCAAAGCCGGUGGUUCGGCCUAUUUCGUUGCAGCAGAUCCGUACGGAGCACAACGUUCACAGCGUCUGGGAGGAAAUGCGAAAAAUAAGGGUGCAGCAGGAGGAACUGCAGAGCGUAUAG